AUGUACAUCUUUCUUGGUAAUCUGUCUUUCAUAGACAUAGUAAUAGCAACCAGUGUUCACCCUAAGUUCAUAACAAUGGUUUUACAGAAUGACUUUACCAUAUCAUUUUCAGGUUGUUUUAUCCAAAUGUAUGUGUAUUUGGGUGUUCAAACUGUUGAAGGAUUUCUCCUGUGUGUGAUGGCUUAUGACCGAUAUGUAGCCAUCUGCAAUCCUCUUCGUUACAGCAGUAUAAUCUCUGGGAAGGUAUGUGCUCUAAUGGUAGCUAUAGCAUGGGUGUCUGGUCUCCUAAUUGGCUAG